CCCUAGCAGGGAUGGACAUGAUGCUGUUGGUGCAGGGUGCUUGUUGCUCGAACCAGUGGCUGGCGGCGGUGCUCCUCAGCCUGUGCUGCCUGCUACCCUCCUGCCUCCCGGCUGGACAGAGUGUGGACUUCCCCUGGGCUGCUGUGGACAACAUGAUGGUCAGAAAAGGGGACACGGCGGUGCUUAGGUGUUAUUUGGAAGAUGGAGCUUCAAAGGGUGCCUGGCUGAACCGGUCAAGUAUUAUUUUUGCGGGAGGUGAUAAGUGGUCAGUGGAUCCUCGAGUUUCAAUUUCAACAUUGAAUAAAAGGGACUACAGCCUCCAGAUACAGAAUGUAGAUGUGACAGACGAUGGCCCAUACACAUGUUCUGUUCAGACUCAACAUACGCCGAGAACAAUGCAGGUGCAUCUAACUGUGCAAGUUCCUCCGAAGAUAUAUGACAUCUCAAGUGAUAUGACCAUCAAUGAAGGAACCAAUGUCACCCUGACUUGUUUGGCCACUGGGAAACCAGAGCCUUCCAUUUCCUGGAGGCACAUCUCCCCAUCAGUUGCUCCUACGAUUCAGGAAAUUAAAUCUGGCACUGUGGCCCCGGGACGCAGCGGAUUGAUAAGAUGUGAAGGUGCAGGUGUGCCGCCUCCGGCCUUUGAAUGGUACAAAGGAGAGAAGAAGCUCUUCAGUGGCCAACAAGGAAUUAUUAUUCAGAAUUUUAGCACAAGAUCCAUUCUCACUGUUACCAAUGUGACACAGGAGCACUUCGGCAACUAUACUUGUGUGGCUGUCAACAAGCUAGGCACAACCAAUGCGAGCCUGCCUCUCAACCCUCCAAGUACAGCCCAGUAUGGAAUUACCGGGAGCGCUGACGUUCUUUUCUCCUGCUGGUACCUUGUGUUGACACUGUCCUCUUUCACCAGCAUAUUCUACCUGAAGAAUGCCAUUCUACAAUAAAUUUAAAGACCCAUAAAAGGCUUUUAAGGAUUCUCUGAAAGUGCUGAUGGCUGGAUCCAAUCUGGUACAGUUUGUUAAAAGCAGCGUGGGAUAUAAUCAGCAGUGCUUACAUGGGGAUGAUCGCCUUCUGUAGAAUUGCUCAUUAUGUAAAUACUUUAAUUCUACUCUUUUUUUGAUUAGCUACAUUACCUUGUGAAGCAGUACACAUUGUCCUUUUUUUAAGAUGUGAAAGCUCUGAAAUUACUUUUAGAGGAUAUUAAUUGUGAUUUCAUGUUUGUAAUCUACAACUUUUCAAAAGCAUUCAGUCAUGGUCUGCUAGGUUGCAGGCUGUAGUUUACAAAAAACGAAUAUUGCAGUGAAUAUGUGAUUCUUUAAGGCUGCAAUACAAGCAUUCAUUUCCCUGUUUCAAUAAGAGUCAAUCCACAUUUACAAAGAUGCAUUUUUUUCUUUUUUUGAUAAAAAAGCAAAUAGUACUGCCUUCAGAUCAUUUCUUCAAAAUAUAACAUAUCUAGAUUUUUCUGCUCGCAUGAUAUUCAGGUUUCAGGAAUGAGCCUUGUAAUAUAACUGGCUGUGCAGCUCUGCUUCUCUUUCCUGUAAGUUCAGCAUGGGUGUGCCUUCAUGAAAUAAUAAUUUUCUCUUCAUCUCCAACUAAUAAAAGUGUUUUUGCCAAAUUCUACAAUUUGAAAGCAAAAGUAAACCACAAUGAUAAAGUUAAACUAUAUCCUAUCUCUAAAGAACAAAGGAGUUAUCAAGCUGUAAAAAUCUCUUCCCACAUUUUGAGAAUUUUGCCCCACGAUGAUUCAGUUUUGUGAUGAAAAACAAUUUAACUAACAUAGUACAGGUAAAUCUACCAUAUGAUUUCUUUAGUUGUAGCU